AUGCUCGCUGAAGAGGAGAGACGCCAAAAGCUAUUCUGUACACGUGUCCAGUCUGAGAUCUUGGCCAACUUCAGUGGCGAUCUCUGGCGUCCCCCAGCAGACUGCUGCUAUUCUGCCUCCUUCUCCCACCGAACCACUAUUUCCCUCAACAUGCGUGCCCCAUCAGAGCCUAACCCCGCGUUCGUUCAGCGCCUCACGACUGCUUUCCUGUCUCUACCGCCCUUGUUUCGUUCACAGCGCCACACCAUGCACACCUCCCAUCCCCUUUGCGCCUCCCGGCCCUCGCGGCGCCGUCGCCGUCCCAUACGCGGCCACCUUUCGGGCCCCCCUCCGACGUACGACCCCGUCUCAGUUGAAGCGCGUGUCAUGGCGUGGGCGCGCAUCGUGGUGUGCGGGCUCAACCUGUGUCCCUUCGCCGAGGGCGUGCUGGACUCGAACACGGUUCGCGUGCAAGUGCGCCAAGCCUCAGAAGAGCGCGGAGUGCAAGCGGCUGUGGCGGAGGAAAUUUCGCUUCUGCUCGCCACGCAUCCCGACGACAUGUCAACGUCGUUGCUUGUUCUGCCGGCGUUCGCGGAGGACGACUUCCGACGCUUCCACGCGCUGUGCGUCGCGCUGGAGGAUGACAUCGAGCGCGACGAGGACAUGGUUGAUGAGGUCAUGCUGGCGUGCUUUCACCCUAGGCAUGAGUGGGCUGGUGUGGGCGACGAGGAUGCCGCGCUCAACUUUGAUAAGAGGGCGCCGUAUCCGGUGAUCAAUUUCUUGCGCGCACGCGUUGUGGAUCAGUACGUGAGCGAGGGAAAGACACAGAGGAUUUUGGAACAGAAUCAGGAGACGUUGGAGAGACUGUUUAUACAAUUUCGUUUCAUCACCUUGCCAUCCCGGACGACCUCCGCGGGCUCACCUUCAUGCGCCAUGGAAGCCGCCGUCGACUGGCUCUUCUCCACUCUCUCUGCGCGAACGCCUGAGGCCUUACGUUCUAUCGUCGUCCGCCACCGCGUGCGUGACGACGCAUUCGAUCUCGCGGAGGCCCUCACAUUUCUCCCAGCCCGCCGCCAUUCCAACUUAGGGAAAUUGCUGUGGGCGUCGCUGGAGCCCGCGCUUGCCACAUUCUCCUGUGCUACAAAGGCAGAAGAUAGCGAUGAAGAAGCCACUGAUGACACCGACACUGUGCGUGCCGCUGCCGAGAUGUUAUGGAUGCUCGUGCAGAACCGUCGUGAGCCCCUUGUAGCGGAGCUGCGCGACAUCAUUUGCGAACUGCAUGACGUGUUGCUCGACUUGCCCAAGGGCCCCAUGCAGAACAUGGUCUCCAGGCUGUGCGAAUGGGUGUGGCAGAACCACGCCAACGACCCCGUGCGUGAUCGCGUCAUUCCGCAAACUAUGCUGUUUUUGCUCGGGAACAAGCCUACGAGGAGGAGCGGGUCGUCGCGCGAUGUCACACGCGUUUACAACAUGAGGGAUGCGUUGGAGUCUCUGCAUCUGGCGCAAGACGCCUCGGAUGCGGAGACGAUUCGCAAUUUGCUGUUGAGGUGUUCUACCGCCGCUGUGUAUUUGAGAUUGGAGCAGGGAAGGAAGUUUAUCGCUUUUUUGCUCGGUCUCAACGACAUUAGAGACGCCGUGAUGGCGUCUUUGAAGAAUCAACUUGCGACGGCCAGGAAGACUAGAGCAGCGUACUAUGGUGGCGUGUUUUUGUUGGCGUGGAAGAAGGACAAGGGGCAGUGGAUGUUCGAUGCUAUGAAAGAUGUCAUAGAAAAGGCUAUCUGCGCGGGCAUCGAGCCGUUUGCGACUAACUUGAGAACCAUUCUAUCAUCCUUUCAUUCGAAUAAGAGGCUUCCAGGCGUGGACAGCUUUUUGAACCGCUUGUAUGAGCCGGUCUUGUACGACAACCUCACAGUUGCCAACCCUUUUGUCAGGAAGAAUGCUGUCAUGAUCAUGGCCGAUGCGUUUCCCAUCCACGAACCGACCGCUUCCAUGGAGGAGAUCGAAGAAGCUGUCGGCAAGCAGUGCAAGCUGUUGAUUGAGCUGUACGAUGAUCCCGCUCCCGUCGUUCGUCAGGCUACCGUGGAGGGUUCUUCCAGGAUUCUAGGCCUUUUGUGGGAGAUCAUUCCGCUGCAAUAUGCCAAGAAGAUGGUUCAUAUCUUAACCACGAAGCUUGCGUUCGACUCAACGUCGAUACCAGUUCGAUGCGCAGUAUUCUACGGCCUUAAGUUUGUUGCGCAGAAUCAUCUCGCGCAUCACGACCUGUCUGUUGCUUUGCCGCGGCUGCGGUGCUUGAUACACGACAAUGCGGAGCGCGUGCGGCUGUCGUUCUUGGACCUGCUCGUGAGGGUGAAAUCAAAGCGACUGCAGCAUCUGCGGUACUUUCAAAUCGUUCCCGUAGAGGACUUGUUGAUUCGUUUACCACUGGAAUCGGCCCCUGGAUCCAUGAAGAUCAUGUCUCUGCUCACCUCGGCGUAUUUCCCGCUUGAAAAGAAAGGCAAGACAGCCGACGAAAUCGCAUCCAGUCAGGUUAGGGCGUGCCUCGCUAUGCUGCACACAAGCAAGGAAGCUUGUGAACAUUUUUACCGGCACUUGUAUCUUCAUGCGCCUCCGGGGCCGCUGUGCGAGUUUGCGAUGAGGCUUUCUGCGCUUGCAUUGGACUCACCAGAAGAUACAGACACCCCGAUGACUAAACCGAGAAGGAAAGCACCAACCCGAACAGGUACGCGACGCAGUAAGCGAAGGUCGAGAACGAAAGUCAAUGAUGAGAACGAGCCCCCGACUCACAACAAUAUCAUGGGAGACUCAGAUAAGAUCGUAAAGUCACGACCCUCAGAACCAGAUCGUGCAACACUUCUGAACCUUGUUGCUGAUGUCUUGUCCUCCAUCUUGACGAGUCUCGGAAAACCAGCGAAUGCUGCAUUGCGAAAGUAUAUCGAUAACAUAUUCGGGGGAGAUGCCCUCAAAACGUUGCUCAUAGAACGUGGAAACACAAGCCACUCAAGGGCAAUAUGCUGGCGAAUCGCAAGUUGCAUGUCAUAUGCUAAAGUGGCUGCCCUCGGGGGUUUAUGGCGAGAGCAACUAGAGACGGUGUUGCAAUGGCCGCGCGGAACUCCUCGUGAAAGGGAGUGCUUCCAAGAGUUGCUUUCCGCCUUGAUGCUUUGUGCAGUGCGAUGGGAUAGAUUGACUACCCUUUCAACAGUUGUCUCCGGAUGGGCAGAUGCCGCGGUUUAUGGCCAUCGCACGAAACGUGUUCCGACGAAGUCAAUGAAACGAUCAAAGUCAGCAAGAUCUCAAAGUGGGCGGCAAAACCGGUCGCAAAAAAAAGAUUCGGUAGGUCAGUUGUAUAUGACUCGAUGCAACGCGAUAUUCGCUCUACGGUCUUGUGCAGCUGUGCUGCUGGAGGGCGUUGAAGUAAGAGAGGAACUCGACUUUCUGCUGUCACUCCACCCGCACUCUUCGAACGGAGGAGAUGAGUUUCGAAGCACCGCAGCCGACCUCAUACAAUCCGUUCGGAAAGGCUGCACUGGCGCUAUUGACCACACACUGGAAGCUCAUUCUGACGAAACCUCAACGGAGGAAGAGCGCCCAGAGCCGCACCAUCUACUCGAUUGCCUCUCUCUUGCGUGGAAACUAUGUGUGACGCGACUUUCCCGAAAAGUAGAUUUAAGCUCUGUGCUGGAGGAAUUGCGGGCUCUACUGGAGUGGUCGUCGAUGAAAGAUCUAUGGAAGCAAGCUUCGGAAAUGGAUCAACCAUUUGCCCGGGGACUUGUCUCCAUUACGUAUGCGUAUUGCGCAGAUGCUAUUGCCAUCGGCGUUUUAGAAGAAAGCGACACUUCCUUUCUCGUCUCGCUCUGUCAAAACAUGCAGACUCAAACCUGGAUAACAGAGAUUGGAAUGGCAACGCGACCGAUCAUAGAAAUGCUUCGCGUUUCAUAUCAACUUGGAGCGGUUCACGUUCUCGAGCGUAGGUCAGCCAAAGAAGGCAAAGAGUCGAUCUCUUUUUUGAAGACGUCCGAAUCAUAUCUCUCUACUGCUGGCAGCAUUCUAGGAGACUGUAAAGUUGUCGAGGCCCACGCAACAGGAAGUCCACGAGCCCCUACUGUUUUGGAUGGGUUCCUCUCGGAGUUACUUCUAUUCAAAUGUCGCUUUGAAGAAAAGGCAGCCUUGGAAUCACUCUUGGGAGAGCUUCUCUGCAGCUCUUUUAAAGACGCUGACAAGGCAAAAGGUAGCCUGCUAGCCUCAAGUCUGUGCAACACAGUGAGCUCCUUGGCCACUUCUGGGACGGACAAGACAGGAGAGGCUGGUGUGCUACAUGACCUCAUAAUGAAUUCUUUGCAGCCCGAAACAGCGGACAUCACAACAAAAAAGGCUCUUGUUAACUACACUGGCUCCAUCGUAGACUCGAUCCACACAAUUUAUAGCGAGUCAGACACGAGUCCAAGCAACGAGACGCGGCGCUUUUUGGCGUUUGCGGAAGUCUCCUUCCAUAAGCAGUUUCGAAAGGACGACGUCACAGCGACUGGCGAUGAGGAUCUUCAAAGCGCCGUCGCUGAGGUACGUGGCAGCCUUGUCAAGCUGCGAAAACUCUGCAAUCCUGGAAAGUCUGCGUCUGCGCUUGAAUUUAAUGAGCAAGUCGAUGAGAUUGAGGGCAGGGCGGUAGAUGUAGACAAAGACCUGUCAUAA